UUUUAAAAUCCCAUUAUCGGCUGUUUCAAGUUGACCAAGUUUUUUAUGGUCCACUCUCUAUUUUCUCUUUUAAUAUAUUUCUUCACUCCAUUUGUUCAAAGUCUUCUCCUUUUUGUUAACAUAAUUGUCUACAUGUUUUGGUGUGCGAGGAGAUUGUAAUUAUUAUUGAGAAAUUCUGUCAUACCUUGUGUAGACCAUAUGCUUUUUUCUUUGAUAUACAAUUAGAUACCGAAGAAGAGGAAAAAGAGAUUUUUUGUUGGUUUGACGAUGAGUUCAAGAAUUGGAGCCUUUAUGCUCCUGAUCUUGCUUUUCUUCCAAACUUGUUCUGUUUCUGCACUCACAAAUGGUUUGGACGCUUCUGCUUUACAAGCCCUGAAGGCUGAAUGGACCACGUCUCCUGAUAGUUGGGAAGGAGCUGAUCCUUGUGGAACCAAUUGGGUUGGAAUUACAUGUAGCAAUGAUCGCGUCGUUUCAAUAUCCCUUGGGAACCUUAACGUGGAAGGAAAGCUUUCAGCGGAUAUUGCAGCGCUGCCUGAAUUGCAGAUCUUGGAUUUGUCAUACAAUACUGGAUUGACCGGACCACUUCCACCAAAUAUCGGUCAACUUAAGAAGUUGAGGAACUUGAUCCUUGUUGGAUGUAGUUUCACUGGUCAAAUCCCUGAGUCCAUAGGAAAUUUAGAACAACUUAUAUAUCUCUCACUGAAUUUAAAUAAAUUCAGUGGAACAAUUCCUGCUUCCAUCGGACGGUUAUCGAAACUAUAUUGGUUCGACAUAGCUGACAAUCAGAUCGAAGGAAGCAUUCCCGUUUCUAAUGGGACUUCUUCACCUGGACUUGACAUGCUUCUUGAAACUAAGCAUUUUCAUUUUGGAAAAAACAAGCUUUCAGGCGAAAUCCCGGAAACGCUUUUCAGCUCAAGCAUGACUUUGAUACAUGUGCUGUUCGAAGGAAACCAAUUCACGGGCCCGAUCCCGAAAAGCCUAAGCCACGUUAAAACGCUGACAGUGUUACGCCUUGAUAGGAAUAGACUAAGUGGUGAUAUUCCUACAAGUCUUAACAAUCUCACAGAUCUUCAAGAACUGUACUUGGCCAACAACAGAUUUACAGGUAGUCUUCCAAAUUUAACCAGCUUGACCAGUCUAUACACAUUAGACGUGAGCAAUAACCCUUUGGAAUUCUCACCAAUUCCAUCAUGGAUCUCUUCAUUACGCUCCUUAGCAACAUUAAGAAUGGAAGGGAUCCAACUUAAUGGUUCAAUACCAACCUCAUUUUUCACCCCUGCUCAGUUGCAGACAGUUAUCCUAAAGAGCAAUCGGAUAGACUCAGCCUUGGACUUUGGUACAACCUAUAGCAACCAGCUGGAGUUUGUUGAUUUACAAUACAAUAACAUAGAUGUUUAUAAACAACCACCAGCUAAUACACGCAUCCAAGUAAUAUUGGCAGAUAAUCCAGUGUGUCAGGAAUUGGGGAACAGGCCGAGUUACUGCUCAGCAAUACCACACAAUACCUCAUUUUCUACCAUCCCAUCAACCUGUUCUCCCUGUGAUCAGGGCAGGGAAACAAGUCCCUUGUGUCGGUGUGCGUAUCCAUUCACAGGAACUUUCUACUUCAGGUCUCCUUCCUUCUCAGGGUUGUUCAACUCAACCAACUUCGAGAUUCUACAGAAGACAAUAGCAGAUUUCUUUAAGAAAUUUAGUUAUCCGGUGGACUCCGUGGGCAUCAGAAACAUUAGAGAGAAUGCAACCGAUCAUCAGCUUCUAAUAGAUCUUUUGGUAUUUCCUUUAGGCAGAGAGGGUUUUAAUGAGACGGGAAUGUUACUUGUUAAUUUUGCGUUUAGUAACCAGACUUAUAAGCCUCCUGCUAUAUUUGGCCCUUACAUAUUCAGAGCCGACCGUUACAGUCAGUUCUCCGAUGGAGGAGGUUCCAAGUCAUCAAACACAGGCAUUAUAAUAGGAGCAGCAGUUGGUGCUGCGAUUCUUCUAUUGUUGUUAACUUUAGCUGGGGUUUACGCUCUUAGACAGAGGAAGAGAGCAGAUAGAGCAACUGGUCAAAAUAAUCCUUUUGCCAAGUGGGAUACGAGUAAGAGCAGUAUCGAUGCUCCACAGCUAAUGGGAGCAAAAGCUUUUACUUUUGAAGAGCUGAAGAGAUGUACAGACAAUUUUUCAGAAGCAAAUGAUGUUGGGGGUGGAGGUUAUGGCAAGGUGUACAGAGGAAUUCUUUCCUCUGGACAACUCAUAGCAAUCAAAAGAGCUCAACAAGGAUCUUUGCAAGGAGGGCUAGAGUUCAAAACUGAGAUCGAACUUCUUUCAAGGGUCCAUCAUAAGAAUGUUGUUAGACUAUUGGGCUUCUGUUUUGAUAGAAGUGAACAAAUGCUCGUAUACGAGUACAUUCCCAAUGGCUCUCUUAGAGAUAGUCUCUCAGGGAAGAGCGGGAUUAGACUUGAUUGGACAAGAAGGCUUAGAAUAGCACUUGGUUCAGGGAAGGGUCUGGCUUAUCUUCAUGAGCUUGCUGAUCCUCCAAUCAUACACAGAGACAUCAAAUCAAACAACAUAUUACUUGAUGAAAAUCUAACCGCAAAGGUUGCCGACUUUGGCCUCUCCAAACUAGUGGGAGACCCUGAGAAAACACAUGUGACAACACAAGUGAAAGGAACCAUGGGCUACUUGGAUCCUGAGUACUACAUGACUAAUCAACUGACGGAGAAGAGCGAUGUGUAUGGUUUUGGUGUGGUAAUGCUUGAGCUAUUAACCGGUAAAAGUCCAAUAGAGAGAGGCAAAUACGUAGUGAGAGAGGUAAAGACGAAGAUGAAUAAGUCAAGGAGUUUGUAUGAUCUGCAAGAACUGUUGGACACGACGAUUAUCGCAAGCAGCAGCAAUCUGAAAGGGUUUGAGAAGUACGUAGACUUGGCUCUGAGAUGCGUGGAGGAGGAAGGAGUGAAUAGACCAUCGAUGGGUGAGGUAGUGAAAGAGAUUGAGAACAUUAUGCAGCUUGCGGGGUUAAACCCUAAUGUAGAUUCAGCAUCGACUUCAAGAACGUACGAGGAAGCAAGUAAAGGAUCUGGUGAUCCUUACGGCAAGGACUCGUUUGAGUACAGUGGGAAUUUCCCAGAGUCAAAGCUCGAACCCCAAUGAUUAAUUAUGGGUUUCUUUGUUUUUUUUGCUAUUUAUUAAGUGACUUGAUACUUGGAAUGCCUUGUGAAUGUGGACUUGCAUGAUUUGAUUUGUUGCUAUGUGUCACUGAUUUUAUGAAGUGUCAGCACGACUAAAUGACUAAUUUUUGUUUUCUUUGUUUUUCAUCAAGGAGAAGAAUGUAGUGAAACUCAGAACUAAUAAACAACUACUCUUU